GGUGUUGCACAGGUGAAACACUUGGGCUUUACAGAAGCUCGUAACAGAAGCACAACGUAACAUGUAACAGCUACGUAACGUAUUUAGGCGCUCCCCCACAUUGGAAACAAACAGCAACAAAUAAAAAAAAUGUUUGGCUUAUUAAGACCGGUGUUUAAAUUGCAAUUUCUAUUUGUGAUAGCCGCAAUUCUGGUUGGAAUCUACCAAACGGAGAUCAAACAGUUUCUACGUCGAUAUACGGACACCUAUUUGGACCAGGCCGGCGGCGGUGACGAAAUACCGGUGGCCUUUCAAACUGGUGAUGUCACUCUCUUCACUGCAGCUGAAUUAGCCACUUUCAAUGGUGAAGAGGGGCGCCCCCUCUACUUGGCCCUGCUUGGGUCUGUAUUCGACGUGACCCGUGGAAUUAAGCACUACGGAGCCGGCUGCAGCUACCACUUCUUUGUGGGGCGAGAUGCCUCCGUCUCUUUCAUAUCCGGGGAAUUCGAAGACUACGAUCCAAAAACGGCUGACGACGUUCUCGCCUUAAAGCCUGAUGACCUUAUUGGUCUGGCUGGUUGGCGUGAUUUCUACCAAAAGGACUAUAUAUACAAGGGCAAGCUGAUAGGACGUUUCUACAACGAAAAGGGCGACCUGACCACCUAUCAUCACAAAUACCUGGCGCUUUUAGAACAAGCGCAGGAUGCUAAGAAGGAAGCGGAGGAGCUGAGGAAUCGGUAUCCCGGCUGCAACAUCGAGUGGAGUGAGGCGAAGGGCACGCGGGUGUGGUGCACCAACACCAGCGGCGACGGUAAAACGCGCUCCUCCUCGGGCUAUCCACGGAAGUUGUAUAGUCGGGGCAACAAGAACUUCCAGUGCGCCUGCGUCCCAGAAUCGGAGCUAGAUGAGAUCGAUGCUGGAGGGAAAACUGCCCACAGGGAUGUAAUGCUGAAACCGUACGAUAACUGCCAACCCAGAGCCUUAGAAUGUUUUUAUAUAGUCUAGCAGAUAGCUCU